AUGUGUACCUCCAUUCCCGCAGACGUCCGCAAGGGGAACAGGAGCCAAGUAAGUUAAAGGCGAUAUUACUGAUUACGGUUGGUCACUGACUGGAUGCUGACAAAAGUCUAAAUCACCAUCUUGAUCCGCUUUAAUCUCCGGAAGAGCGUAUGUCAAAAAGUCAAGGAAACAGGGGCCUGAGUCAUCACCUGUUGUUGCCAUUUCGGCCGGAGAUGAGACAGGAGAUACAGGUCAACAAGCCGAAUACAUAGACCGUAGAGAAUAAUCUCACACAAUCGUCGGUGGCUAAAGGUUUUCAGAAGUUGUCUCAGAUUUAGACAAGUACAAUUACACUUUCUAAAUCAUGGGACUUUUACAAGUCACUAAUGGAGUAAAAAUACUAAACGAUGUUUGGCGGUAUUUAAACUACAUAAUAAGGUCCAGGCCUUUCAGAAAGAAUGAUUAACGUUACUGGAUUUUAGCCAGAGUCGAUUGGAAUUUGAAAAUUUAGCGUGGGCAUUAUAUGUAUGUCUGACAUAGCAAGCGGGAUAUGAUUGUAAACCUUAUUUAACAUCUGAACCUCAUUUUUCCAGAUAUUCGUUUUCGAUUAAUGUCUGCAAAAAGGUUAUGGGUGACUUUCAACAGUCUUUUAUAGCAAUGCAGUCCAAACCCCCUGUAAUCUAAGCUGUAAAGUUGAUAACCAAUUUCAUUUAAAUGGUGGCUCAAAAACUGACAUGGCUCUCUUGCGACGUCCAUUUUGCAGUCUCUUAUGAAGUAUUCGAAAAUGGUAGAACAAUUCCCGUGCGUUUUAACAGGAGACUGGCUGUAGGCGCGAUUACUACAUUUAAAGUAUUCAGUCACGCAGAGUUAUAAAUCCAACUUUUUAAAUUUACUAAGCGUCCGGCUCUCUAAGAAUUAACACUGUUUACAUUUUGCUUUCUUUUGGUGAACGGAAAAUAAAAAAUACAAAUUUCAUAUAUGGCAAGUCAUUUCUACUAAGGAAAUAAACAAACAACCAAAACGCGCCCCAGCCUACAAACUGGAUUUGAUUAUCUUCGGCGCUGUCGUGAUGUAUCAGAACUUAAGACACAUAUUUUAAUGUGCGAUUUCUAGUCAAGGCUUUAAUUGUUGAAUGCCAAUGAUAGCAGAAUAAAAUACGUAGAGCUGUUUACCCUGAACUUUCAAUCACAGGCCUUUUUAAGCCUUUCGCUACAAAAAUGUCACUACAGACCGCAAGCCUUCUCGAUGUUUCGAGAUCUUUAGGGAUUUUAAAAGGCUGCUAAUGCAACACGUUUGUAAUUGAUGUGUUUAUGACACAUACGUAAAGUGUGCGUAAAACAUUUUAAAAUAUAGGGUCGUCUGCGUUUUAUAAACGUGUGAAGCUUGAAUAUCACUGGUUGACUAUCUUUCUUGCGGUUGUAAUUUUUGUUUUUAAAUUUUAUCCUUGAGAAAUAUGUUUGUAAACAUUUUAAGGAGAGCCAGACGCAUGUUAGUGGUCACUGUAAGACCUGGUGUUUAUUUUUGUUGGCAGUGAUGUUCUAAGAUUUAAAAGGGAUUCUUCUAAGUUUAGAAUACACAGAGAAAAAACAAUUUAUAGGAACGAUCCUAUUUUGUUAACUCCUCCGCUUCCAACAUAUCCGCAUUGUUAUUCCGUUAAAUCGCAGGUAAAUUAUUCUUCUCACUUCUGUUCCGCACAGAGCCAUGUGAAAAAAUAAUUGUUGACUGUCACACAAAAGCCGAUAAAUCUUCUUUAAUGAUCGAUAAUACCCGCAAAUAUUCAUGUGUAUUUUAUAAAUGACAUUUCAACUGUGUAUAUAUGUCUUUGUAUGCGUUACUUCUUGAAACACCCACCCAGGGCGCGUUAUCUUGCUUGCUAACUCAAAAAGAAAAUUUAGAAAUCGGCUAGGCAAAAUUUUUUAAAUUUCAAUUAUAAUAUUUUCAAGUGAAUACCCUUCCACAGAAACACCAUAAGAUUACUUAAAGCGCAAUGUUUUCGAAGAAGUCUGGCCGUUUAAUUAAACAAUAAGCUACAAAGCAUGAUUCAUGCGCCGUUGUGAACUGUUGUAAUUUUGCAACUAGAGCAAGCACCCGAACACUGAAAAAUAUAGAAAAGUAUUGAGUUAUUGCCCAGUAAUCAAGGAGUCUUCCAAUAGUGCUUAAGUAGAAUUAUGGUUUCAGAUUAUCAGCUUUGGAAUAUGCAAAAUAAUAUUGGUAUCAUUGCGAUUUAAACAUUAUAACUCACAUGCAGUUGAUCUUAAAAUAAUUCGCCUAGACUGUCUUAUAUUAAAAGAAUAUCGAAUGCUGACUUAGAAUAGACUCCUUGAUGACUUGACGAAUGCCUAUCAAAAGACGUUCUCAACUAUACACUGAUUAAACAUUGAUAAUCCUAGUUGAACAAAACGCUUUUUCUCUGCAGAGAAAUGCAAUCACCGAUGAUGGUCGUUCAUGCACUGCUACUGCUCUAUAUUCCACUGAGCUUGGGACUCCCUCAACCUUACGUCACCAUCAUCAUGGAAUACCACAAUCUGGCUAGGAAGUCCGUGUACCCUGGCGCGGCAGACAUGCAGACGAUGGUAAGUGAGGACAGUUAAUCCAAAAUGCCAAAUAGACGCGACGGGCAUUAUUCAGAGGAACAUUUCUGACGUUCAUAUUUGCCUUUAGACCUACGACAAAAAAUUGGAAAAACUGGCUGAGGAGUGGGUGAGCCAGUGUGUGUACGAACACCCAACAUCGGAAAGAUAUAAGCCGUACGGCCAGAAUCUGGCGGUUGCGGGAAAUCGGGAUCCCCUCGACAGUCUACACAUUGCAAUGACUCUGUGGUAUGCGGAGAGAGCGGAGUAUCUCGGUAAGGAAAAUUACUGCUUGCAACAACCCUGCACCCAUUACACUGCGGUACGUUCAUUUCAUUGGCAGAAUUUGCAACAUAUGAAAAAGCACUUUCGUUAAUUGUAAAAGUUUCGUUUCGUUGAUAUUUAACUUCCCAUCAGACUUUACUGGUAGAUUUGUCUCAGGUCGGCUUUUAUUUCUGUCUCGCUGUAGAUGAUUUGGGCAAACACGACCAAAGUAGGUUGCGCCUACAAUAGAUGUGACCACAUAUUCGGCAUGAAGACGUUCCUGUGGGCAUGUCAAUACUAUCCCAGGUAAAUUGAAUUUACGAUCAACGACCUGCAUGCGAAUUAGGCAGAAAUGUUAGGCAAAUGGCACCCGUUUAGUUUAAACGUCGUUGCAUAUUUAUAAAUUCAGAGAGAGACACGCUUUAUUUUGCAAACAUUAUAUUCCAAUUUUCGUAAAAAGACUUUCACUUGGAAUAGUAAAAAAUGGGUACGCAAAACACAUAGCAUAAGUGGGCUACAGGCGAUGAUUGAUGGCACCACGAAAACUCGCCAGUGAAUAAUUUUCAAAAUUCGCGAUAGAUUUCACUUUCUUCAAAACAGUGCCAAGGUAAUGUGUAGAUGACUCCAUUACUGUGGUCAUGACAUGCGAAGGGAAGAAAAAUAUCGGUAUUUGAUGUGUAAAAUAGGUUAGAGCGUGCAAAUAUAAAAAAUUUCAAUAAGAAUUGAGUACAUCAAAAAAUGGGGGCUCAGUUGAAAAAUUCCGCUUUGCUUACACACUCUGGGGUGCAACGCGCCAAAGGGUUACUCAAAAUAGUCAGAUUUUUUUUUUAAAUUUGCAAGCGUAACAGACAACAACAAGAGAAACUCUUUCGACAGUCCAUCUCGAUAUACGCAUUGGCAGCAGACGAAUUCUAGCCUAGGCACAGGUAUUCUUAAUUCAGCCCUCUAUGGCUUUACCGAAAAUGCGUCUCGAUUAACAGUGAACGCAUUGCAACACUGCACAUUAUGCUGUGCACUCAUUUCGCCCAAAAAUGCACUCAUGCUGCCUCCUUGUCAGAGCAACAGGAGAUCAUAUUUCCGGUGACAUGGGAAGUUAGUCGUGUCCCGGAAAAUAAAAGGACACAAAGCGCGGGUGUUGGUAGUGGAGGAAAUCGUGUACAUUGCUAAUCUAAGAAUUCUGUCGCGAAGACGAAUGCCUAUGCAGAUUUACAACUGAAAGUCCGUUUGCACAAGAGGCGAGCAAAUUGGGGGUUGUAUUCCAUAACUUUUGCUCCAAGAUGCUGGGUUAACGGGAUUCACAGUGUUUUGACACAAAUUUCUUGCUCUAGUGCCGUGCGCAAUAACAGAAAGCAAUGUUCUAACCAUGCAUUUUUAGCCAUAUGGGAAAGUUUGUGUUGUAUGAUAAAGAUGUAACUUGAGAUAUUCGCAGUUUAGGAAUUCGUUGCUAAUAUGUGUUCCAUUAUUGCUCGUGAUAUUUAAUUAAAUAAGCCCAACCAAGCGAGGUGUGCGAGACGGUACUCGACGUAAUGACGUUUCGAGUUCAAUUAAUGACCCCGUUGUUAUUUCUAAAUUCCAGAGGUAAUUGGAUAGGCGAUGAGCCGUACAGGAAGGGCAACGCCUGCUCCAAAUGUCGCCGUGGACAGAAAUGCAAAUUGCGUCAAUGUCUCUAA